UUAAAAAAACAGGGUGCACAGUGAGCAUUAUGCAACCGAUAUAUAAACCAUAUUUUGAAGAACAAUGCUAUAGAAUAUAUUCGAUAUAGCUCAAAACUCUGAACCUCCCAGUUAUCUGUGAAACAAUGGCUGCCUCAUCAUCAAAUGACACCAUCCUUGAGCAACUCAGAAAUGGCAGUGCCCAAUUUGAGCUCGUAUCAUCGUCUCCCGUUGCUUCAAUUUCAACACCCAAUCCAACUCCAAGCACCAUUCUUCGUUUUUUCGCCCGAGUCGGACCUCCGCCAGGCGGAGUGUCAUCUUCAAAUUCAAAUAUAAAGGUGGAGCGAUUUUCUGUUCAUAAGGUUACCGGGGAUGGCCGUUGCAUGUUUCGGGCACUUGUUAAAGGCAUGGCUAGGAAUAAGGGAAUCACUCUUACACCACGUCAAGAAAGAGAUAAUGCUGAUGAGUUAAGAGCCGCAGUGAAAGAGGUUAUUUGUGAAGAUGACAAUGAACGGCGUCAGUAUAAAGAGGCAGUUACUGCAAUUACUGUAGAUGAGCCUUUGCACCGGUACUGCCAGCGCAUUGGACGAUCUGACUUUUGGGGAGGGGAGUCCGAGCUACUGGUACUGUCAAAGUUGUGCAAUCAGCAGAUCGUUGUAUAUAUACCGGAAACUGAGCAUAACAGUAGCAAGCGAGGGUCUGGUUUCAUUCCUAUCGCAGAAUAUGGAGCGGUGAAGAAGAAGCAACCACGACAUGUCGUGAGAUUACUUUACAGCGGGAAGAACCACUAUGAUCUCCUAGUUUGAUAGUCAUCUUUCAUUCCAUGUAUGCUUGAAAUGCAAAGUUAUUAAUGUAAUAAAGAAUCGAUUUUGUGUUCCGAAUUGAAUUCCAACUGGUUUGUAUUGUUGACAAUUACAAAUCAUGUGAAGUUUUCUUUCA